AACAGAACUGUUAAAACUUUUACGCUUUUGCCAACACUGCCAUGACCCAUGUGCAAUUGAACGAGUUAAACAUAUUUGGCCAACAGCUGAUUUUGAAUUUCGCAACAAUCACACAACUUUCGUCCGUGCCAACGCACACAGAUGCCGUAGAGCACCACAAGUUGCAGAAGCCCGACGCCAGCGCCAUCAACGACCGGCAACAAGAGCGAAUAAACAAAACAAACAACAAAAGCGACAACAACAGCAACAAUCGAUCGCCCACUCGUUUGUGAAGUGGUCAAACGAGAUGACACGGUCGGCGCAAGACGUGCUGGGCGUACUGCGCGGUCUGCAAAUAGUUGCGGAGGCGUGCGGACGCGAGCAUCUGUCGCUGACUAAGCAUCUGUGGAGCAACUCGAGUGUGCGCGAACUGAUCUCAGUGAACGUGAGUCAGACGGUGGACGCGUUGCGUGAGGCCAGCGAACAUCCGAGCGACCGACUGCGCAAGGCUCAAGAACUGAUCCAGGAGACCGGCGAACGAGGCUACGUUGUCGCUCACGGCCUGUGCCAGCUGCUGGAGACCAAAUUGCCGUGCGACCUAAGCACGUUACAGCGCCUCAAUUGGCAGCCGAGUGGCUCGGGCAGCGGUGCAGCUGGUGAGGCGACAGCUGGCAGCACGGCCGGCGGUCAGGGCCAGCGGUCGAGCCGCAGCCACCUGGAUGGUGCCGACGCAUCCACCGUGGAUAUCUCGUCCAUAACGCUGCUCGAAUUCGAGGAGAUCCUCUCCAAGCGCAACAUGAACCGCAACGUCAGCCUGCGCACGCCCAACACGCAGACCAAGCAGCUGCCCACACCCGAUCCGAAGGCAGCCCAGCACAAGGCAACACCUAUCCCACCUGAGCCCGUUGGCGGCGACGGCAUCUUGGCCAAGGACACCGAAUAUGUGGACAAUCUGAUGCGAUUUGUGGCCGGCAGCUCGACGGUUUCUGCGGCCGAAACACCUGGAAAUAAGGCUGCUGCAGCUGCUCCGCCGGCCAAGGAAUCGACGCUGCCGGAGCUGAGCAAGGUGGCCAAGCAGAGGCGGGUGCCGGCGUCGCGCCUGGGACGGAUGGCCUCGUUUGGCGGCCUGUUCGCCGGCUUGGGCCUGGGCACCAUCAAUGAGCUGACCAAGGGCGCCCUCGGCCUGGGCGGAUCGACGAACAUGCGCGACGCCCUGCUCAGUCCGGCGAACGCGGAGAGAAUUGUGGACACGCUGUGCAAGGUGCGCGGUGCAGCACUGAAGAUCGGCCAAAUCCUCAGCAUACAGGACACGAACGUGGUCUCGCCGCAGCUGGCCAAGGCGUUCGAGCGUGUCCGGCAGGCGGCCGACUAUAUGCCCGACUGGCAGGUGGAGCGCGUGAUGACCACCCAACUGGGGCCCGACUGGCGGAAGCGUUUGCGCACCUUCGACGACAAGCCGUUCGCGGCAGCUUCCAUCGGGCAGGUGCAUCGGGCCACGCUGCUGGACGGCAUGGAGGUGGCCAUCAAAAUCCAAUAUCCCGGCGUUGCCCAGAGCAUCGAGAGCGACAUCGACAAUCUCGUUGGCAUGCUCAAGGUCUGGGACGUCUUCCCCCAGGGCUUCUUCAUCGACAAUGUGGUGCGUGUGGCCAAGCGCGAGCUCCAAUGGGAGGUGGACUAUGCACGCGAGGCGGAAUAUACGGAGAAGUUCCGCCAGAUGAUAUCGCCCUACAAGGAGUAUUAUGUGCCCAAGGUGGUGCGUGAACUGACCACCGCCAGUGUGCUCACCACGGAACUGGUUCCGGGAGUGCCACUCGACAAGUGCUUUGAGCUCAGCUAUGAUCAUCGCGCUCACAUCGCCGCCUCGGUACUAAAGCUCUGCCUGCGCGAGCUUUUCGAGAUCGAAUGCAUGCAAACGGAUCCGAACUGGUCGAAUUUCCUGUACGAUGUGAACAGUCGACGCUUGAUGCUGAUCGACUUUGGUUCGACGCGCUUCUACAAACACGAGUUCAUCCGGAACUAUCGCCAGGUGAUCAUCAGUGCGGCGCAGAACAAUCGCAGCGGCGUCCUCGAGAUGUCGCGCAAGAUGGGUUUUCUCACCGGCUACGAGACGAAGCAAAUGGAGCAGGCGCAUGUCGAUGCGGUGAUGAUCCUCGGCGAGAUCUUUCGCUACGACGGCGACUUUGACUUCGGCAAGCAGAACACGACGGAGAGAUUGGCCGCUCUGGUGCCAACGAUGGUGGCGCAUCGCCUCUGCCCGCCGCCGGAGGAGAUCUACUCGAUCCAUCGCAAGCUGUCGGGCAUCUUUUUGCUCUGCGCUCGUCUCAAUGUCCGCAUGAACUGUGUGCCCUUCUACAAGGACAUUAUACUGGGCAAGUUUAAGGAUUAAGCCAGGACUUGUUUUCUUUUAAUAUUUUUUUUUUUGUCGUGUGUUUGGCAUGUAAACAAAAUGCUCAUAGUCUCUGUUACUGGCCACUAAAGGGAAAACGAAAUGUAAUUGAUUAGCAAACAGUUAACUUUAUAGUUUUAGAAAGGUUGCGGAAUAAAUAACAAAAGCUCAA